AUGGUCAAUGUACCUAAAACCCAGAGGACUUUCUGUAAGAAAUAUGGCAAGCAUCAGCCUCACAAAGUGACCCAGUGUAAAAAGGGCAAGGAUUCCCUGUACGCCCAAGGAAAGCUGCGCUACAAUCAGAAGCUGAAUGGUUACGUCGGGCAGACAAAGCCAAUUUUCCGAAAGAAGGCCAAAACCACAGAGAAGAUUGCGCUCAGCCUUGAGUGUGUCGAGCCCAACUGCAGAUCCAAGAGGACGCUGGCCAUUAAGAGAUGCAAACAUUUUGAACUGGGAGGAGAAAAGAAGAGAAAGGGCCAAGUGAUCCAGUUCUGUGUUUUCUGA